GCAAGGUUUGGCGUUCAGGGUCCGGAUACGGUCCCCUUUAUCAAGCUGAGGCCUUAACUGAGCCGAUUCCAGACAAAAUCAGUACUCUUCCCUGCUAGAGGGUUUCUUUGAGCACAACAGCCCCCUGGGCGAUGUCUUGAAGAUGAAGUCCCUGGAUAGAGCUGCCAAGGCUAAGGCUCUGGGGGAUGGGGGGGCGGUUUCCAAGUACUGUCUACUCCCUGGGGUCCUGGAUCCAGCCUGUCCCCCCAAGCCCUUGGGCGGUGUCCCAGGCAAAUCCCCUUCUCAGAACAAGGUCUCUGUGUCUGAAACUCCACCCCAGCGUGAAUAAAAUAAGGAGAAUUUCAGGCAUUCCCCUACCCCACCUCCACCCCAUGCUUAGUCAGGGGUCUCAAGACAUUGGUCUCCUAGGCCACCCCUUUUGUCCCUAGGGCUGCUCAGCGUCUAAGAGAGGCCCCACCCGGAGACAAUGCUCAGCUUUCCCUUGCCCCCCAGGCUCCAGGAUUCAGCCUGGGCUGGGGGCGGCUCCCCAGAGACGGGUGGAAACCUGUCUGUAGCCUCUGUGGUGACCAGCGGCUUUGUGUGGUUGUGUGUGUGUGUGUGUGUGUGUGUGUGUGUGUAAGGGUUGGGGAUGUGGCUAGAAGUGUGAUCUGGUGUUUGUGUGACUGUAGCUGUGUGUGUGCUUGCAUUACAGCUGGCAAGGAUGAGGUAUCCUGCGUUGUCUGCCUGCAUGCUUGUGGUUGGAUGUGGUGAUGUCUGGUGUGUGUGUGUGUGUGUGUGUGUGUGUGACCGUGGAUGUGAUGGCAGCCGUUCACUGUUCAGACUCCUGUACUUUUUAGACUGUGUUUAAAUAGAUAUGCAUAUGUCUUUUUGUGAGACCCUGUGUGUAUGUACCUUGGUAUGUGUCAACAUCUGUGUUGGGUUUGAGGUUGGACUUCUGUGUGGCUGACUGAAGAUGUGGGUGGAGCUGUAACUGUGUGUAAGUAGAAUUGUGACUCUGACCAUGUGUGACACAAUGUUGUGCUUAUGUCUGAUUUUUGUACUGUGUUCAUUGCGACUCUGGGUGUGCGACUGCCAUUGUAUUUGAAGUCACAUCGUGCCUGUGGGGCUGGACCUCUGGGAAGGCAGUGUAUAUGACGGUGGUUGUGUGUUCCUUGCCAUGUCUGUGUAUGUGACUGGGGUUGCAUAAGUGACUGUCCACCUAGCCGUGUGACACCGAGUGUGCACUACAGCCUCCUGUGUGUGAUUUGAGUUGCGAAUCUGACUUCUCUGAAACUCUAGUCUAUUACAAAAGAUUAAUUGUGUGGGACUCAAGCUGUGGAUGUUGCCUGUGUGCCAGGGGUGUGUAUGGGAUUGGCUUCUAUUUCCUCUGUGUGUAUGUGUGACCCACUUACCUGUUACCCUGGGUGACUCCAUGCUGGUGUCCUAGACUGUGAAAGUGUGUGUGCAUAUGUGCCUAUGUGAUCUGGUGAUGUCAUGACUGUGCACAUGGCCAUGUCUGGGACCAUAUUUUCCUCUAUAAGCAGUAUAAUGCUGUAAAUGCUGCGUGUGGGCCAUUCCGUUUAUGCGUAUACCCAACUGUGUACUUCUGGUGUGGGGAACUGAACGGUGUGUGUUAAGUGUCUAUGGGUGAGGUUUUGAGUAUUAGUGAGGCUGUGACUUUGUAUAUCUGUCCACGUGCCAUGCUAGUGACUGAUUACAUGUGGCCACAUUCUUGUCUAUGUGACGUGAAUCCUCAUGGAGACUGUUUAUCUGUGAUAGGGUGACGUGGUAGUGCUGUGUGUGGGACACCAACGUGACAGAUGGCCGGGCACCGUGGGCACUGAUGCUGAGUGACGGCAUACACAACUGUUUCUGGAAUGGCGGACCCAGGAGACCUGAUCAGCAUUUGUCCCCAGCCCCCUGUGGGGCCUCGGGGCCCCCUGAAACCUUCAGGACGGAGUCAGACGGGGCAGGCACCAUGAACAAGUUACGGCAGAGUCUGCGGCGGAGGAAGCCAGCCUAUGUGCCUGAGGCAUCACGCCCACACCAGUGGCAGGCAGAUGAGGAUGCGGUGCGCAAAGGCACCUGCAGCUUCCCUGUUAGGUACCUGGGCCACGUGGAAGUGGAGGAGUCCCGGGGAAUGCACGUUUGUGAAGAUGCUGUGAAGAAGCUGAAGGCGAUGGGCCGGAAGUCCGUGAAGUCUGUCCUGUGGGUGUCAGCUGAUGGGCUCCGAGUGGUGGAUGACAAGACCAAGGACCUGCUGGUAGACCAGACCAUUGAGAAGGUCUCCUUCUGUGCUCCUGAUCGCAACCUGGACAAGGCUUUCUCCUACAUAUGCCGCGACGGCACCACACGCCGCUGGAUCUGCCACUGCUUCCUGGCCCUCAAGGACUCUGGUGAGAGGCUGAGCCAUGCUGUGGGCUGCGCGUUCGCCGCCUGCCUGGAGAGGAAGCAGCGACGGGAGAAGGAAUGCGGAGUCACCGCCGCCUUCGACGCCAGUCGCACCAGCUUUGCCCGUGAGGGCUCCUUCCGCCUGUCGGGGGGCGGGCGGCCUGCGGAGCGCGAGGCAGGGGACAAGAAGAAAGCCGAAGCAGCAGCUGCUCCUGCUGUGGCUCCUGGACCUGCCCAGCCUGGGCACGUUUCUCCGACACCAGCCACCACAUCCCCUGGAGAGAAGGGAGAGGCGGGCACCCCAGUGGCUGCAGGCACCACUGCUGCUGCCAUUCCCCGGCGCCACGCACCUCUGGAGCAGCUGGUUCGCCAGGGCUCCUUUCGUGGGUUCCCUGCCCUCAGUCAGAAGAACUCACCUUUCAAACGUCAGCUGAGCCUACGGUUGAAUGAGCUGCCAUCAACACUGCAGCGCCGCACGGACUUCCAGGUGAAGGGCACAGUGCCUGAGAUGGAGCCUCCUGGUACCGGGGACAGCGAUGGCAUCAAUGCUCUGUGCACACAGAUCAGCUCGUCUUUCGCCAGCGCUGGGGCCCCAGCGUCAGGGCCACCACCUGCCACAACAGGGACUUCUGCCUGGGGUGAGCCCUCCGUACCCGCUGCAGCUGCCUUCCAGCCUGGGCACAAGCGGACACCCUCUGAGGCUGAGCGAUGGUUGGAGGAAGUGUCCCAGGUGGCUAAGGCCCAGCAGCAACAGCAACAGCAGCAGCAGCAACAACAGCAGCAGCAAGCCACCUCCGUGCCACCAAUGCCCACCAUGGCCCCCACCCUUCAACCCUUUUCUGCCCCAGUGGGGCCCUUUGACACUGCAGCUGCCCAAGUGGCUGUUUUCCUGCCGCCCACACAUAUGCAGCCUCCGUUUGUGCCCGCCUACCCAGGUCUGGGUUAUCCACCAAUGCCCCGGGUGCCUGUGGUGGGCAUCACACCUUCACAGAUGGUAGCCAACGCCUUCUGCUCAGCUGCCCAGCUCCAGCCCCAACCUGCCACACUGCUUGGAAAAGCUGGGGCCUUCCCCCCACCUGCUGCACCCAGUGCCCCUGGGGGCCAGGCCCGUCCGCGCCCCAAUGGGGCUCCCUGGCCCCCAGAGCCAGCGCCUGCCCCUGCCCCUGAGUUGGACCCCUUCGAGGCCCAGUGGGCGGCACUAGAAGGCAAACCCGCUGUGGAGAAACCCUCCAACCCCUUCUCUGGUGACUUGCAGAAGACCUUCGAGAUUGAACUGUAGCCCAAAUUGCCCUGCUCCCGCUCCAUCAGCCCCAGGUGUACCGCGCUCAGGAGGGGAGGCCCAGCCUCUAUCCUAGUGUUGCUCCCUGAGCUGCGCCCCUCAAUGCUCCCUCUAAGCCCUUCUCUCCACCACCCCUCACAAACCACUACAGAACCAAUAUUGUGAUGCCUAGGUUUUGCCAAGAUGGAAUUCAGGGAUGGACCCAGCCUGGCUAAGGGAACCAUUUCACUGCCGGACUUAGGCUGGUGAUGCCCCUUCCCCAGCCCCAGUCAUGGAAUGCCCUCUGUUCAAGCUACUUUCCCUAGUUUCUGUUGUGCCCUUCCACCUUCCAGUGUUGGGCAGGGUGGAGGAGGGAGGCCCACUUAAGCCUGGUCCGUCCUCUCCUUGUCCCAUACACACAGCACAAGCUAAGGGCUUCCUCUCUGCCCACGCUGUGUUCACUGCCAAUGCUGUGCUUGCCCUGGCCCCCUCCCCGAUUCGAUUCGGGGCGUGUCUUCCGGAGGGCCAAGGUCUCACGGGGUGGGGCCCGACUGGGGGCCCAGGAGAGGGGCGGUGGGAGGGAUGAAGACUCUGUUACCUCAUGUCGGUGCCCGCUGGGGAGGGGUCCCAGGAGAAGAAGAAGGGGGUGCCUGGCGGGUACUUUUCUAUCUUUUAUUUCCAGAUUUUUUUUGUAUCUAAACUUGCAGAUUUGUAUUAUACAAGGACAGCCAAUAAAGGAAGAAUAUAAUGGUGGCCA